AUGAGUGGUGCUGAUUUUGUGUUGUCUGCCACUACUACCAAUAAUAACAAUGGUGAUGAUACUAUUCAUCAAAAGAUACAAUUAUUUACUCAAGCUAUUGGUGAGGUAGACCAAGAAGGAAAGUCAACAACUAAUGCAAGUAGUGCUCGUAGGUGGAGUUUUUCAUCAGAUUCUUCAUCCUCCUCUUCUCAUUCGUCAAAUUCAUCAUCGGGUGCAGAUGAUACUGCUGAUGAUGAAGAUGAAGAAAUAACAAUGGUUUGGAAUAAUGCAACUGACAGUAAUGUUGAUAAUAAUAUUGAAACUAGUGUUACAACUCCUUUGAAUAAUAAGAUUGUUAUUAUUACGAAUGAGGAGGACAUUGGAGAGGAAGAAAAUACAUUAUCAGACUCAUCAGAUAUUAUUUCGAAUACUUAUAAUUCAAUAGAACAGAAGGAAGAAGAUAAACCAGUCGUACCUUCUUAUGAAAAGUUUAGUUUGAAAGAACAGUUGAAACUCAAGCUUCCUUCUUCAAUACUUCAUCUCACUUCUCCUAAUAACACAACUAGUAAUAAUAACAGUUCAACACAAUUUACAACAACAACACUAACAGACAAUAGUUCAAAAUCAAGCUCUCCACAAACACCAACCGAGAAACCAACAACAAAUGGUGAUGAAUCACUGCAAAUCAUGGAAUUAAAUAUUGAAAGUCCAAAUGAAGAGUUAGACGAUACAUCGAGGAGAUUUACAUUCAAUUCUACCGAUAUUAUCAAGGCAGUUUUUGAAGGAAAACACGAUGAGGAAGUUGGAAAACUGUUACAAACAGAUGUUUCUGAUUAUUUAACACAACUAGUCAAGAGGAAAAAUCAAAUUACCAAUCCAGUGGUGAUGCCGAGUCCCUCUCCUAUCAAGAGGAUGAACUCUACCUUCCUCACUCCUUCUACACCUUUAGGGAUGACAAAGUCUGGCUCAUCUAGUGAUAUAUCCAGUCCUUGUUCAUCACCAAAUUUGGACAAAUUGAAUACAAUUAUUGAAAAGAAAAAACUUUCCAGGUCUAAUACUACUGUUCACAAUUAUACACUCUCCCCAGAAUUAAAGCAGAGAAGAAAAAUUACAGCAAUUGGAUCCGGAAUGAUUCCAAAUGAUUUUAAUAUGGUACAAUCUCCAUUGAGUGAUUAUGGAAUUGAUUUUUCACAAUCUGAUAGCAAAAUAACUGCUUCCAAAAGGUCGAUGAGCAUUGGGCCAAAUCUUCAAUCCUACUAUUCUUCAUCUACAAAUGCAAUGAAGAGUGAUCCUAACUCUGUUUCAACAGACGAUAUUUACAGAGUUACAAUUCUAGGAUCUGUUGGUGUUGGAAAAUCAUCAUUAAUUAACAAAUUUAUUAAGGGAACAUUCUCCAAUGAGUAUAAUUCUACAGUUUUCGAGGAUAUUUAUCACAAGCCACUCAUGUUUUUGAAAUAUCAGGAAAUUAAGCUUUUGGAAAUAUUGGACACAAGUGCCCUACACAUCAAACAUUACAAAAAUAAGGCAAAUCAAGAGGAUGAAUCACCAUCCAUGGAGAUACCUUCAAGUUUUCUUAGUGAUUAUAUUAUUAACUGUGAUGCAUACAUACUAGUGUACAGUGUGGAUGACAUUCAAAGUUAUAAAUAUUGUAAGGAUAUUUACAAAUCAAUUGUCGGUCAGAAAAAGAUGGCUGGUCUUAAAAGAACUAGAUCAAACUUGAGAGCUAGUGGAAACAGUCUCAUAGCAACGCCAAGAACAGUUGCUCGAUCUGAUGUUCCUCUUGUCCUUGUUGGAAACAAGUCAGAUGUUGGAAUUGAGGAAAAAUUUAUUGAUUCAAAAGUAGUUUGGGAAGAUGUACAUACAGAGCUAGCAUUUGGUUCAAAUUGUUCUUUUGUGGAAACUAGCGCCAAGAAGGAAGAUGUUGAUUGUAUUUUCCAAGCACUUGUAAAUAGAAUUUGUUUGAGGGAAGAACCAAAGACUUCUUCCAAAAUACAAAUAUCCUCUUCACUUCCAACCAAAAAGACAGGUCAACACGAUUCAAAUAAAAAGUGUGUCAUUCUGUAG